AUUCAAGACUUUACGGGCAUCCAACCAUAUGUCGGAUUAUUGAAGUGAAUGGAAGCAAGGACUUAUAA